GAAGGAAAGAAAUGGAAGAAAUAGAAAUUUGGGUUCUGAGCUGACCAGAACGGGAGGAAGAAUCGUGGAAGGUGAGGGUGUGCCAGAUGUGGCAAUUUUAAAAGAGAGAGGAGAUUUCUAGAGACGGCGACGGAGGAGACUAAGUUUGGAGAAUCCAGAUCGCACAAGUUCGUCGGAAAAGGAAAGGAAAAGGAGAAAAGCAGAGUCGGAACCGGCAGAACGAGAGGAAGGAUUGAGAUCAAAAUCGAUUAUUUUCGAGGAAGAAGAUACAGAUUGUUGUCGUGACAAAGCUUUUUCUUUCUUUUUAUCUGUUUCCCUGAGUUCAAGCUAAGAUGCGUGCGCCAUCGCUUCUUGCACAAUGUCUGCCAGGCUUGGUGCUCCAUGAUCGAGGAAGUCACAGCAUCUCCACCAUUUCUGAGAGAGAUGUCCAUCUUCCUUCCCCAGCUGUUGAGAUUAUCCCCUCAAAGACAGGACACCCUUACAAGUUUGCUGGGGAUAAUGUAGACCUGCAAGGGAUCUAUGUGUUCAAGGGAAGAAUUAGUGUUGCAGAUAUUUUCACUGGUUCUGAAAUGAUAUCCUCAAUAUCUGAUGGUUAUCUCAAGUCUUGGGACAGCUCUAUUGAUCUUGUAAAUGUCCUCAAGCAUGAGAUUCGUGAUGGACAGUUAAGCUUUAGAGGCAAGAGGGUGCUUGAGCUGGGCUGUAGCUAUGGACUUCCAGGCAUUUUUGCUUGCCUGAAGGGUGCUUCCACAGUUCACUUCCAAGACCUCAAUGCAGAAUCCAUACGAUGCACUACCAUUCCAAAUGUUCUUGCCAAUCUAGAGCAAGCUCAAGAAAGGCAGAGCCGGCAGCCAGAGGGUCCAGUAACUCCUUCCAGACAAACUCUUGCACCAAUGGUGCACUUCUAUGCAGGGGAUUUUGAAGAACUCCCCACAGUCUUGUCUGUUGUCAGGAAUGAUGUGUCUGAAGUGACUACAGGGAUGAGCCUUAGCUUUUCUGAGGAGGAUUUCAUGGAUGGAUGCAAUAGCCAAGAUGGAAGUGCCAUAGCACAAGAAGUUUCCUCAAGAAGGCCAAGAAAGCUUUCAGGAAGCCGGCCAUGGGAGAGAGCUAGUGAGACAGACCAAGGAGAAGGUGGUUAUGAUGUUAUUUUGAUGACAGAGAUCCCAUUCUCAGUUUCCUCUUUGAAGAAGCUAUAUGCACUAAUUAAAAAGAGUAACAAAGCUGGGGAAUGAAUUGGUGUUAUGAACAACCUAGUGACAUCAGUAUCUGGAUUCUGGACUAACUUAUGAUUCAAAAUUAAGCUGCAUAUUGAGCCAUAGGAACAUGCAGCAAUCUUCUUUUGCAGUUUUUAUUCUGAGACCUGCUGCAGUUGCUUGUGUUCUGGACUUCCAUUAUUCUCUAAUAUCAGAGCAUUAUCAAUACUUAAUUUCAAUUUUUUUUCUCUCUCUCUAAUUUUCCAAAUUCAUUUGUUCCUUUCUCUGUCUUUGAAUAAACAGUGCUUGAGGCCUCCGUAUGGAGUAGCAUAUUUGGCAACAAAGAAGAACUAUGUUGGCAUCAACAGUGCGGCAAAACAGUUGAGAAGUCUUGUUGAUGAAGAAGGCAUUUUUGGAGCUCAUUUAACCAAGGAGAUGACAGAUAGAGAUAUCUGGAAGUUCUUUCUGAAGUGAACCAAAGUGAACCAAAGUUCACUUUCAAGAACGAAGCUAGUAAACUGGUUUCCGAAAUCAUUUUUUCUGUUUGUAUAAUACACAGGUCACAUAUUGUUCUGAUUCUUUGUUAGUAAUUAAUAUAAAACUGAAAUCGUAAAGGAUUAGUAAAACUACUUUAUUAUAAUUAUCAUUAAUAAUGGCUUUAUUCUUUUUCCCCCAAUUUUUCCAAAUAAAAUUGUAUAUCAAACAUUAUUUAAAUUAAGAUGUUACAAAUAAUGUAUUGAUGUUCUU